AUGGGUGGCUCAGUUGACCCCAAGAACGGACACUUCAUCGGCAACUGGGGAGAGUUCGGCUGCCCGACCCCCCAGCGCAUCGCCACCUACUCGCUGUCCCCUAACCGUCAGCGUCCUUUCGCCGGUGCCGCUAACGCCGCCAUCUUCAACACUUUCCGCCGUUUCCGCCACCAGGUUCUCUACGUUGUUCCUCCCUUCGUCGUUGCCUACGCUGCCAUGGAGUGGGCCAUUGAGCGCAACCACUACUUGAACUCCAAGCCCGGUCGCCUCGAGGGUGGCCACGAUGAGUAA